AGGCCCCACAAUGAUCCAAGAUGCAUCCCCAAAAAAGAAACUGAGGAUGAAACCAUAUGUUUACGGCUGCCUGCUGUUCAGAGUGGUGAUGCUGAUAGUACAGUUGGGAGUAGUCGCAAAGAACGCCCGUCACUCACCCGUGGUGCAAGGUAUAGCUCCAAUGUACAGGAAUCGGUUCGUGCCUCAGCGGCCGGAUUUGCAUCAGGAUGGCCACCACUAUCAAGGAGCCAGUCUGCGUCAGAGCGUAGGGCGUCGUCUCACGAGUGGAAUGUGGACAAGGUGACGCAGUCCUAUAAGAUCAUCUACUCUUCUAUGCCAUAUGACAGUCGUCCUUCCCGGGACCCGCGGAAGGCCGAAUCCUCAUCUGAUGAACCUGUGCGGACGGUUUAUGGCCUCGUGGACAAUCGUGAUUCAAUAUUUGAUAGCCGCUCUUGGUCACUGACGUCAGGCAGUCUAGCACUGUGUGCCGACAAGCCUUCCAAAUACGAGCGACCCACAGGUGGCGAACAAAGCAGGGUAGUGUCGAUGACACGGCGAAGAUCCAAGUCGUUGCCUCUUGCAAAAUUACAACUGUCUUCAUCAAGUGAUGCAGGUAAUAGUACUCAAAGACACCAUUUCCAUCUAGAUUCCAUUGGUACAUGGCAUGGUACCUACCUCCCGGGAGAUCCGCUUACUUGUGGCGUAUUGGAGGAAUACCUCCAUUACAAUAAGCAUGCUUCAAAUAUUUUUUCUCCUCUCAACCCUCUCCGAAACCCACGGCCCAGCUCCUCCCUAACUACCAAUGCAACCUAUCGGUACUUCUUUCCAUCUAUUCAAGAUAUACCCGACAAUCGAUCAAAAUUUAAAAGAGGACCAGAGCCGCGGCUCAGAACUAUCUGCGAACGCCGCCAGCCGCGAGCAGUAGCAUCGGAGUGUACGCACUGUCAGGAAUGCCAACGCGACACGUUAUGUAAACGAUUGUUGGUCAAGGAUUAUCGACGCAUGCGCCGUGCUGCCUAGCAAGUUGAGGACAGCCUCCAACGUGCACAAGCCGUUAAGCUCGCCCCACUACAAAAUUGAUGAAGACGAGAAAAGUCAUUGGAAUGAAGUGACAGCUGCUACUGCCGCUGAGCCCUCCCCAGGCAGCCCUCGCUUGCGAGACUUGGAUGACUUUGGUGAUGACUUUGGUGACUACCCGGAGAUACCGGAUGAAGGUCUGCUUUUGGCCGAAGAAGAUGCGAAGCUUGGGACGGGGGAAUCCGUCUGCUGAAGCUUGAUUAGUAUCUACUAUCAAGUACGGAUGUUUGUAUCAUUACUAGCACUUCUCGUACACGAAUUUUCUAUUUGUAUAUCAUUCUACCGUUUCAACUCACACGCUUGGACAAUCCCCUAUCCAUUCCUGACAUCAAAUGAACCCCGC